GAACGCUGUGUACUGUUGGACUACCUUAGAGACGCAAAUCUCCAGUUUACUCCCUUGCUUAUUGUUGAAGCUUUUCCAGCACCCUCAACCGACCAAAAUGUCUUCCGAAAAGAAGGAUAAGCUCGAGCCGCAAAUCAAGUCCGUCGAUAUGACGGAGGAUAUGCAGCAGGAAGCUGUCGAAGUUGCGAUCGAGGCAAUGGAGAAGUACCACAUUGAGAAGGACAUUGCCCAGUAUAUCAAGCGAGAGUUUGACUCGCGCAAAGGAGCUACAUGGCAUUGUGUCGUAGGGAGGAAUUUCGGAAGCUUUGUCACACACGAGACGAAACACUUCAUCUACUUCUAUCUCGGACACUGCGCCAUUCUCCUCUUCAAGACUCAAUAAACACGCCUUGGCAUACAUGGUUGGAAAUAAAAAGAGGGCCGAGUCCUUGGGCAAUUGGGACCUUGACUGCCAAUUGGGGCAUGCCGCCACAAAAUAGACGCCGGCGACGUAUGGGUCUUAACUCGCGACACGAUGGACUGGCCCCUGAGAUCGGGCGUCAUGGCAGUUGGUGCUGCAUAAUCUUACCUUCCCUUCAGCGGUAUUUAUUUACAUAUUCGAGUCCUACAUGGUUCAAUUUCGGUGUCAUUGUAUCUUGAUGUGAGUUAGAUUGGUCAUACCAAGCAGAUUAUGUGCUGUA